GACUGGCUUUUGUCCCGCCAACCCCAGGUUAUAAUGGGAGAGGAAAAUAGGCCUCAGGGCAGUCGGCGGCAGCCCCAGCCCGCAGCGGGCCCCGUGGGUGACUCGGUGGGCUGGGGCUCACCCUGCCUCCGGCCUCUUCAUGGGGAACACCAUCAGGGCCCUGGUGGCCUUCAUCCCUGCUGACUGCUGCCAGAACUACGUGGUCAGAGAUCUCCGGGAGAUGCCCGUGGACAAGACGGUGGAUCUGAGUGGGACCCAGCUACGCCAUUUCCCCGGGCACGUGUGCUCCUUCCGGGAGCUGGUCAAGCUCUACCUGAGUGACAACCACCUCAACAGCCUGCCUCCUGAGCUGGGGCAGCUGCAGAAUCUGCAGAUCCUGGCCCUGGAUUUCAACAACUUCAAGGCUCUGCCCCAGGUGGUGUGUACUUUGAAACAGCUCUGCAUCCUCUACUUGGGUAACAACAAACUUUGCGACCUCCCCAGUGAGCUGAGCCUGCUUCAGAAUCUCCGGACCCUGUGGGUCGAGGCCAACUGCCUCACCCAGCUGCCGGAGGUGGUCUGCGAGCUAAGUCUCCUAAAGACUCUGCAUGCCGGCUCCAAUUCUCUGCGUCUGCUGCCAGGCCAGCUCCAGCGCCUCCGAGAGCUGCGGACCAUCUGGCUCUCAGGCAACCUGCUGACUGACUUCCCCCCUGUGCUGCUGCACAUGCCCUUCCUGGAGGUGAUCGACGUGGACAGGAACAGCAUCCGUUACUUCCCCAGCCUGGCCCACCUGUCGAGUCUGAAGCUGGUCAUCUAUGACCACAAUCCCUGCAGGAACGCACCCAAGGUGGCCAAAGGCGUGCGCCGCGUGGGAAGAUGGGCAGAGGAGACGCCAGAGCCUGACCCCAGAAAAGCCAGACGCUACGCCUUGGUCAGGGAGGAAAGUCAGGAGGGAGAGAUACUUGUCCUGCCUCCUCUACUUCUUCCUCCCAACUCCUGAGGAGCUUCAGUCGUAGGUCAACGCCAAGGAUCCGACUCCAGCAUCUUCUGGAGAUCUCUCCUUUAGAGGGUACAGGAUUGCUCUGGGACACACGGGAUGCUCUGCCAGUGGGGAGUGAUGGAAGUCCAAAGAAACACCUCACUCACAUUAAGGGAGAAUUUCUGGCCAACAUUUCUCCCAAAGUGAAGUUGGGUGCUAUGGCCGGCCUCACUCUCUGCAAGCAAAUCAGCUCCUCCAAAUAGGUAUUUUGCAACAUUGAAGAGUACGAAGGGCUAGGACAUUCUGUCCUUCUCUACUCCACAAGCGGCUGGUCAGGAUGCUCACGAACUCCUCAAAUAAGGUAUUUACUAAAGAAUUCACCUGAGAGUUCAGGUGGCCUGGCUCCAGCCCUUUGCAGGAUAUAUUUUACUAGGAAUGACCUUAAGUGAUAUGAAAAUAGGGACAAACUCAGGCCACUUACAAAAGACAUUUCUACCUAGUCAGUCAGACUCUCAGACUCCGUGCUGUUGCAAAGGCUCAAGAUGAAGCUUUUCCCCUGCAGUUGAGUGAAUGCUGAGAGGACCUCUGGUAGAAAAUGCCUCCUGGUGGAGUACGGCUGCCACCUUAUACACUUGACACUGGUUCAUGCUGAUUUAGCUUGUUUUCCCUAAAGGUCAAGGUUUGACCCCAGGUCUGCUCUCAACUGCUUACUGUCACUAUAAUACUACAAGUCCUCUAGGAAGUAGAACCUCUUGUUGGCAAUGUGGUCUUAUUAAAAUUGAGCCUAGUUGUAACCUGCCUGCCUCCGUAGAGCCCUCCCGUUUAUUCACAUUUACGAAGAACUGAACUGAAUCCCCUUCCGUGGAGGGAAACCACUUUCCAGGAUAUUAGGUUAAAGGUAGCAGGUGAGAAAUCUGUUUACUUGAAACAAGCAUUUGGAAAUCUGCGUUGAAGGUUGUGGUAUAUAUAAGACACUUCUGCCUCUAGCCUCAGUUUCUUAGCCUUUAUUUGGAUUUGAUUUUUCUAGAUAGGGCCUUUUGAUGGUCAGUGUACAAGCUUAGACAUUUUGGCCAUUUUUUAAAAAGUAAAUUGUGACCUUUUCUUCUUCCCACAAAUACAUCAACCUUAAAGAUA